AUGCGCAAGUGUUUUCAGUCUAAACCAGAUCAAGUGGUAUGUUUAACUUCAAACAUUACAAUGGACUCAAAAACUCACAGAGUUGUCCACAAAAGACAGGCGGAAGUUUGUACAAAUCCAUCUUAUGGGGAAAAUUACGAUAAACUUUCUCAUGACAUCCCUGUUCUUCUAAAAGAGGAGAAGUUUGACGAUCUUGGAGAUGACUUUUGCUACAAAAGAGAAUGGAUUAACAAAAUCACCAGUGAGGAUUUCCGCAGGGAAUUUAAUGAACGUUCUUUCCGGGUGUCUCUGCGGCAAAACACGGGUCAUGCAUGUCCUAACUUGCAUUACUCCCAAAAUGCAGAAUGUGAAAGUUCUCAAAGUUCGAUCACCAGAACAAAACAAACCAGAUACAGAAAACAGAUCAUAACGGCCAUUGUUGUAUCCUGCUUGAUGGCUCUUGGGGCUGCAAUAGUCGUUUUUGUUCUUCUAGCGAGGCCAAACAUUAAAAAAGCAAGAGUAGAAGCUGAAUUGUCUAUUCUCGAGACGUUCAAGCCUGAGUAUAACAGCACAACUUCUCCACAACGCAAAGAAUUCAUUUCAAAAUUCACCAAGAGUAUGGAAGACGAGGUUAGAGAAAACAAAGGAUUGCACAAUUUAAAAAACUGUACUGUUAUUAAUCUUCGUGCAAAAUGGUCAGAUUUUGAAGGAAAAACAAAGUACAACCCCACCAUCAAAUACCAUUCCUCUAACUCGAGGAACACGCCUAUCCUCCCUGAGAACAAUGACUUCAAACAAUUCAACAGCGACACCUAUUACUUUACUACUAUAAAAUCUGUUACUUCAACGGCUUCUACAAAAACCAUCCCUUUUUUUACAUCUCCAACUUCUGAAAUCAGUCGAAAAACUAUUACAACUACUCCAAAAACUACAACAACCAUUCCGAAUAAUUCAAUAACCACUCCAACAACUACUACAAUCAUUAUAAUAUCUAAAAGCACAACUACAACAACCACUCAAAAAACACCUAAAAUCAAUUCAACAACUGCAACAACCAAUCCAACAACUAUUACAACUAAAACAACAACUAAAACUUCUCCAACAACUUUAACGACCACUCCAUAUCCUAUAACGAUUACUUUAAAAACUACAAGAACUACUCCAAUCACUACAAAUUCCACUCAAAAUACUUUUACAACUACUCCAAACACUACAUCUUCUCCUCCAACGUCCACAAACAUUAAAAUACCUACAAUAAAUACAAUAACUACAACUAUUCCAACCACUAUAACAACCACUCGAACAAUUACAACAACAACUCCAACUACAACCCCUCCAACAACUUCAUCAACUCUUACAACUACAACUGUUCAACUAACUACAACAACCUCUCCAACACCUACAAAAACUUUAACAGCUGCAGCAACUACGCUAACAACUACAAAAACUACUCCAAAAAUUACUACAGGCAGUCCAACAAUUACAAGCACUCCAACAAAUACUUCAAGCCCUCCAAGCACAAUUAACACUCCAACAACUACUUCAAGCACCUCAACAGCUACAACUACUCCUAGAACUGUUACAACUCCAACAGCUACAACAUCAACUCCAACAAUAACUUCAUCCACUAAAGCAAUUAUGACAACUCCAACAACUAGUAUAUCCACUCCAUUAAUAACAAAGACCUCUAUAACAACUUAUACCAUUCCAACGAUUACAACAACCACUUCAGCAACAACAACUACUCCAACAACUGUUAAAAAUCCAACAACUAUUAUAAAUACUCCAACAAGUAAUACAACCUUUCCAACAACUACUAAAACCUUUCUAAGCAAAACAUCCACUCUGACAACUACUUCUAACACAUGGACAACAAACACUCCAACAACUACACUCACUCCAACAACAACUACAAUCUAUCCAACACUUACACAGACAACUACUUCUACCACUCCAAGAAAAACAAUCAUUCCAACAAUGUCUUCAAGUCCAACAUUUACUUCAAUGAUUCCGAAAAUACAAACCAGUACAACAACUACAACAAGCACUCCGACAACUGCUGCAAGCACUCCAACAACCAUAACAGCAACAGGAAAUACCAUUACAACAACAACGGCUACUACAACUACUGCAACAGCUUCUUCAACCACUUCGAAACCUACAAUCAUUCCAACUCAUACUACAUCAGACACUCCAAUAACUAUAAAUACUCCAACAGCAACGUCUCUGAAAACCACUCCAACAGGAAUAAAAUCUCUAACAAUUACAGCAACAACUCCAAUUACUACAGGCACUCCAAUAACUACAACUAGCACUCCAAAAAAUUCUUCAACCACUCCGAAAACAACAACCACUUCAACAACUUCUACAUCCCCUUCAACAACUGCAUCAAUUGAAACACCUAAAAUUACCCUAAGAACAAGUUCAACAACCACUCCAACAACUGCAACCACUCCAACAACAACUACAGCCAUUCCAUCACCUACAAAGACAACUACUUCUACCACUCCAACAAAUACAAUCAUUGCAACAUCUUCAAGUCGAUCGUCUACUUCAAUGACUCCGAAAAUAACAACCAGUACAACAACCACAACAAGCACUCCGACAACUGCUGCAAGCACUCCAACAACCAUAACAGCAACAGGAAAUACCAUGACAACUACAACGGCUACUACAACUACUCCACCAGCUUCUUCAACCACUUCGAAAGCUACAAUCAUUCCAACUCAUACUACAUCAGACACUCCAAUAACUAUAAAUACUCCAACAGCAACGUCUCUGAAAACCACUCCAACAGCAAUAAAAUCUCUAACAACUACAGCAACAACUCCAAUUACUACAGGCACUCCAAUAACUACAACUAGCACUCCAAAAAAUUCUUCAACCACUCCAAAAACAACAACCACUUCAACAACUUCUACAUCCCCUUCAACAACUGCAUCAAUUCAAACACCUAAAAUUACCCUAAGAACAAGUUCAACAACCACUCCAACAACUGCAACCACUCCAACAACAACUACAGCCAUUCCAUCACCUACAAAGACAACUACUUCUACCACUCCAACAAAUACAAUCAUUGCAACAUCUUCAAGUCGAUCGUCUACUUCAAUGACUCCGAAAAUAACAACCAGUACAACAACUACAACAAGCACUCCGACAACUGCUGCAAGCACUCCAACAACCAUAACAGCAACAGGAAAUACCAUGACAACUACAACGGCUACUACAACUACUCCACCAGCUUCUUCAACCACUUCGAAAGCUACAAUCAUUCCAACUCAUACUACAUCAGACACUCCAAUAACUAUAAAUACUCCAACAGCAACGUCUCUGAAAACCACUCCAACAGCAAUAAAAUCUCUAACAACUACAGCAACAACUCCAAUUACUACAGGCACUCCAAUAACUACAACUAGCACUCCAAAAAAUUCUUCAACCACUCCAAAAACAACAACCACUUCAACAACUUCUACAUCCCCUUCAACAACUGCAUCAAUUCAAACACCUAAAAUUACCCUAAGAACAAGUUCAACAACCACUCCAACAACUGCAACCACUCCAACAACAACUACAGCCAUUCCAUCACCUACAAAGACAACUACUUCUACCACUCCAACAAAUACAAUCAUUGCAACAUCUUCAAGUCGAUCGUCUACUUCAAUGACUCCGAAAAUAACAACCAGUACAACAACCACAACAAGCACUCCGACAACUGCUGCAAGCACCCCAACAACCAUAACAGCAACAGGAAAUACCAUGACAACUACAACGGCUACUACAACUACUCCACCAGCUUCUUCAACCACUUCGAAAGCUACAAUCAUUCCAACUCAUACUACAUCAGACACUCCAAUAACUAUAAAUUCUCCAACAGCAACGUCUCUGAAAACCACUCCAACAGCAAUAAAAUCUCUAACAACUACAGCAACAACUCCAAUUACUACAGGCACUCCAAUAACUACAACUAGCACUCCAAAAAAUUCUUCAACCACUCCAAAAACAACAACCACUUCAACAACUUCUACAUCCCCUUCAACAACUGCAUCAAUUCAAACACCUAAAAUUACCCUAAGAACAAGUUCAACAACCACUCCAACAACUGCAGCCACUCCAACAACAACUACAGCCAUUCCAUCACCUACAAAGACAACUACUUCUACCACUCCAACAAAUACAAUCACUGCAACAUCUUCAAGUCGAUCGUCUACUUCAAUGACUCCGAAAAUAACAACCAGUACAACAACCACAACAAGCACUCUGACAACUGCUGCAAGCACUCCAACAACCAUAACAGCAACAGGAAAUACCAUGACAACUACAACGGCUACUACAACUACUCCACCAGCUUCUUCAACCACUUCGAAAGCUACAAUCAUUCCAACUCAUACUACAUCAGACACUCCAAUAACUAUAAAUACUCCAACAGCAACGUCUCUGAAAACCACUCCAACAGCAAUAAAAUCUCUAACAACUACAGCAACAACUCCAAUUACUACAGGCACUCCAAUAACUACAACUAGCACUCCAAAAAUAUCUUCAACCACUCCAAAAACAACAACCACUUCAACAACUUCUACAUCCCCUUCAACAACUGCAUCAAUUCAAACACCUAAAAUUACCCUAAGAACAAGUUCAACAACCACUCCAACAACUGCAACCACUCCAACAACAACUACAGCCAUUCCAUCACCUACAAAGACAACUACUUCUACCACUCCAACAAAUACAAUCAUUGCAACAUCUUCAAGUCGAUCGUCUACUUCAAUGACUCCGAAAAUAACAACCAGUACAACAACUACAACAAGCACUCCGACAACUGCUGCAAGCACUCCAACAACCAUAACAGCAACAGGAAAUACCAUGACAACUACAACGGCUACUACAACUACUCCACCAGCUUCUUCAACCACUUCGAAAGCUACAAUCAUUCCAACUCAUACUACAUCAGACACUCCAAUAACUAUAAAUACUCCAACAGCAACGUCUCUGAAAACCACUCCAACAGCAAUAAAAUCUCUAACAACUACAGCAACAACUCCAAUUACUACAGGCACUCCAAUAACUACAACUAGCACUCCAAAAAAUUCUUCAACCACUCCAAAAACAACAACCACUUCAACAACUUCUACAUCCCCUUCAACAACUGCAUCAAUUCAAACACCUAAAAUUACCCUAAGAACAAGUUCAACAACCACUCCAACAACUGCAGCCACUCCAACAACAACUACAGCCAUUCCAUCACCUACAAAGACAACUACUUCUACCACUCCAACAAAUACAAUCAUUGCAACAUCUUCAAGUCGAUCGUCUACUUCAAUGACUCCGAAAAUAACAACCAGUACAACAACCACAACAAGCACUCCGACAACUGCUGCAAGCACCCCAACAACCAUAACAGCAACAGGAAAUACCAUGACAACUACAACGGCUACUACAACUACUCCAACAGCUUCUUCAACCACUUUGAAACCUACAAUCAUUCCAACUCAUACUACAUCAGACACUCCAAUAACUAUAAAUUCUCCAACAGCAACGUCUCUGAAAACCACUCCAACAGCAAUAAAAUCUCUAACAACUACAGCAACAACUCCAAUUACUACAGGCACUCCAAUAACUACAACUAGCACUCCAAAAAAUUCUUCAACCACUCCAAAAACAACAACCACUUCAACAACUUCUACAUCCCCUUCAACAACUGCAUCAAUUCAAACACCUAAAAUUACCCUAAGAACAAGUUCAACAACCACUCCAACAACUGCAGCCACUCCAACAACAACUACAGCCAUUCCAUCACCUACAAAGACAACUACUUCUACCACUCCAACAAAUACAAUCAUUGCAACAUCUUCAAGUCGAUCGUCUACUUCAAUGACUCCGAAAAUAACAACCAGUACAACAACCACAACAAGCACUCCGACAACUGCUGCAAGCACCCCAACAACCAUAACAGCAACAGGAAAUACCAUGACAACUACAACGGCUACUACAACUACUCCAACAGCUUCUUCAACCACUUCGAAAGCUACAAUCAUUCCAACUCAUACUACAUCAGACACUCCAAUAACUAUAAAUACUCCAACAGCAACGUCUCUGAAAACCACUCCAACAGCAAUAAAAUCUCUAACAACUACAGCAACAACUCCAAUUACUACAGGCACUCCAAUAACUACAACUAGCACUCCAAAAAAUUCUUCAACCACUCCAAAAACAACAACCACUUCAACAACUUCUACAUCCCCUUCAACAACUGCAUCAAUUCAAACACCUAAAAUUACCCUAAGAACAAGUUCAACAACCACUCCAACAACUGCAGCCACUCCAACAACAACUACAGCCAUUCCAUCACCUACAAAGACAACUACUUCUACCACUCCAACAAAUACAAUCAUUGCAACAUCUUCAAGUCGAUCGUCUACUUCAAUGACUCCGAAAAUAACAACCAGUACAACAACCACAACAAGCACUCCGACAACUGCUGCAAGCACUCCAACAACCAUAACAGCAACAGGAAAUACCAUGACAACUACAACGGCUACUACAACUACUCCACCAGCUUCUUCAACCACUUCGAAAGCUACAAUCAUUCCAACUCAUACUACAUCAGACACUCCAAUAACUAUAAAUACUCCAACAGCAACGUCUCUGAAAACCACUCCAACAGCAAUAAAAUCUCUAACAACUACAGCAACAACUCCAAUUACUACAGGCACUCCAAUAACUACAACUAGCACUCCAAAAAAUUCUUCAACCACUCCAAAAACAACAACCACUUCAACAACUUCUACAUCCCCUUCAACAACUGCAUCAAUUCAAACACCUAAAAUUACCCUAAGAACAAGUUCAACAACCACUCCAACAACUGCAACCACUCCAACAACAACUACAGCCAUUCCAUCACCUACAAAGACAACUACUUCUACCACUCCAACAAAUACAAUCAUUGCAACAUCUUCAAGUCGAUCGUCUACUUCAAUGACUCCGAAAAUAACAACCAGUACAACAACCACAACAAGCACUCCGACAACUGCUGCAAGCACCCCAACAACCAUAACAGCAACAGGAAAUACCAUGACAACUACAACGGCUACUACAACUACUCCAACAGCUUCUUCAACCACUUCGAAAGCUACAAUCAUUCCAACUCAUACUACAUCAGACACUCCAAUAACUAUAAAUUCUCCAACAGCAACGUCUCUGAAAACCACUCCAACAGCAAUAAAAUCUCUAACAACUACAGCAACAACUCCAAUUACUACAGGCACUCCAAUAACUACAACUAGCACUCCAAAAAAUUCUUCAACCACUCCAAAAACAACAACCACUUCAACAACUUCUACAUCCCCUUCAACAACUGCAUCAAUUCAAACACCUAAAAUUACCCUAAGAACAAGUUCAACAACCACUCCAACAACUGCAGCCACUCCAACAACAACUACAGCCAUUCCAUCACCUACAAAGACAACUACUUCUACCACUCCAACAAAUACAAUCACUGCAACAUCUUCAAGUCGAUCGUCUACUUCAAUGACUCCGAAAAUAACAACCAGUACAACAACCACAACAAGCACUCCGACAACUGCUGCAAGCACUCCAACAACCAUAACAGCAACAGGAAAUACCAUGACAACUACAACGGCUACUACAACUACUCCACCAGCUUCUUCAACCACUUCGAAAGCUACAAUCAUUCCAACUCAUACUACAUCAGACACUCCAAUAACUAUAAAUACUCCAACAGCAACGUCUCUGAAAACCACUCCAACAGCAAUAAAAUCUCUAACAACUACAGCAACAACUCCAAUUACUACAGGCACUCCAAUAACUACAACUAGCACUCCAAAAAUAUCUUCAACCACUCCAAAAACAACAACCACUUCAACAACUUCUACAUCCCCUUCAACAACUGCAUCAAUUCAAACACCUAAAAUUACCCUAAGAACAAGUUCAACAACCACUCCAACAACUGCAACCACUCCAACAACAACUACAGCCAUUCCAUCACCUACAAAGACAACUACUUCUACCACUCCAACAAAUACAAUCAUUGCAACAUCUUCAAGUCGAUCGUCUACUUCAAUGACUCCGAAAAUAACAACCAGUACAACAACUACAACAAGCACUCCGACAACUGCUGCAAGCACUCCAACAACCAUAACAGCAACAGGAAAUACCAUGACAACUACAACGGCUACUACAACUACUCCACCAGCUUCUUCAACCACUUCGAAAGCUACAAUCAUUCCAACUCAUACUACAUCAGACACUCCAAUAACUAUAAAUACUCCAACAGCAACGUCUCUGAAAACCACUCCAACAGCAAUAAAAUCUCUAACAACUACAGCAACAACUCCAAUUACUACAGGCACUCCAAUAACUACAACUAGCACUCCAAAAAAUUCUUCAACCACUCCAAAAACAACAACCACUUCAACAACUUCUACAUCCCCUUCAACAACUGCAUCAAUUCAAACACCUAAAAUUACCCUAAGAACAAGUUCAACAACCACUCCAACAACUGCAACCACUCCAACAACAACUACAGCCAUUCCUUCACCUACAAAGACAACUACUUCUACCACUCCAACAAAUACAAUCAUUGCAACAUCUUCAAGUCGAUCGUCUACUUCAAUGACUCCGAAAAUAACAACCAGUACAACAACCACAACAAGCACUCCGACAACUGCUGCAAGCACCCCAACAACCAUAACAGCAACAGGAAAUACCAUGACAACUACAACGGCUACUACAACUACUCCACCAGCUUCUUCAACCACUUCGAAAGCUACAAUCAUUCCAACUCAUACUACAUCAGACACUCCAAUAACUAUAAAUUCUCCAACAGCAACGUCUCUGAAAACCACUCCAACAGCAAUAAAAUCUCUAACAACUACAGCAACAACUCCAAUUACUACAGGCACUCCAAUAACUACAACUAGCACUCCAAAAAAUUCUUCAACCACUCCAAAAACAACAACCACUUCAACAACUUCUACAUCCCCUUCAACAACUGCAUCAAUUCAAACACCUAAAAUUACCCUAAGAACAAGUUCAACAACCACUCCAACAACUGCAGCCACUCCAACAACAACUACAGCCAUUCCAUCACCUACAAAGACAACUACUUCUACCACUCCAACAAAUACAAUCAUUGCAACAUCUUCAAGUCGAUCGUCUACUUCAAUGACUCCGAAAAUAACAACCAGUACAACAACCACAACAAGCACUCCGACAACUGCUGCAAGCACUCCAACAACCAUAACAGCAACAGGAAAUACCAUGACAACUACAACGGCUACUACAACUACUCCAACAGCUUCUUCAACCACUUCGAAAGCUACAAUCAUUCCAACUCAUACUACAUCAGACACUCCAAUAACUAUAAAUACUCCAACAGCAACGUCUCUGAAAACCACUCCAACAGCAAUAAAAUCUCUAACAACUACAGCAACAACUCCAAUUACUACAGGCACUCCAAUAACUACAACUAGCACUCCAAAAAAUUCUUCAACCACUCCAAAAACAACAACCACUUCAACAACUUCUACAUCCCCUUCAACAACUGCAUCAAUUCAAACACCUAAAAUUACCCUAAGAACAAGUUCAACAACCACUCCAACAACUGCAACCACUCCAACAACAACUACAGCCAUUCCAUCACCUACAAAGACAACUACUUCUACCACUCCAACAAAUACAAUCAUUGCAACAUCUUCAAGUCGAUCGUCUACUUCAAUGACUCCGAAAAUAACAACCAGUACAACAACCACAACAAGCACUCCGACAACUGCUGCAAGCACCCCAACAACCAUAACAGCAACAGGAAAUACCAUGACAACUACAACGGCUACUACAACUACUCCAACAGCUUCUUCAACCACUUCGAAAGCUACAAUCAUUCCAACUCAUACUACAUCAGACACUCCAAUAACUAUAAAUUCUCCAACAGCAACGUCUCUGAAAACCACUCCAACAGCAAUAAAAUCUCUAACAACUACAGCAACAACUCCAAUUACUACAGGCACUCCAAUAACUACAACUAGCACUCCAAAAAAUUCUUCAACCACUCCAAAAACAACAACCACUUCAACAACUUCUACAUCCCCUUCAACAACUGCAUCAAUUCAAACACCUAAAAUUACCCUAAGAACAAGUUCAACAACCACUCCAACAACUGCAGCCACUCCAACAACAACUACAGCCAUUCCAUCACCUACAAAGACAACUACUUCUACCACUCCAACAAAUACAAUCAUUGCAACAUCUUCAAGUCGAUCGUCUACUUCAAUGACUCCGAAAAUAACAACCAGUACAACAACCACAACAAGCACUCCGACAACUGCUGCAAGCACUCCAACAACCAUAACAGCAACAGGAAAUACCAUGACAACUACAACGGCUACUACAACUACUCCACCAGCUUCUUCAACCACUUCGAAAGCUACAAUCAUUCCAACUCAUACUACAUCAGACACUCCAAUAACUAUAAAUACUCCAACAGCAACGUCUCUGAAAACCACUCCAACAGCAAUAAAAUCUCUAACAACUACAGCAACAACUCCAAUUACUACAGGCACUCCAAUAACUACAACUAGCACUCCAAAAAAUUCUUCAACCACUCCAAAAACAACAACCACUUCAACAACUUCUACAUCCCCUUCAACAACUGCAUCAAUUCAAACACCUAAAAUUACCCUAAGAACAAGUUCAACAACCACUCCAACAACUGCAGCCACUCCAACAACAACUACAGCCAUUCCAUCACCUACAAAGAUAACUACUUCUACCACUCCAACAAAUACAAUCAUUGCAACAUCUUCAAGUCGAUCGUCUACUUCAAUGACUCCGAAAAUAACAACCAGUACAACAACUACAACAAGCACUCCGACAACUGCUGCAAGCACUCCAACAACCAUAACAGCAACAGGAAAUACCAUGACAACUACAACGGCUACUACAACUACUCCAACAGCUUCUUCAACCACUUCGAAAGCUACAAUCAUUCCAACAUAUACUACAUCAGACACUCCAAUAAUUAUAAAUACUCCAACAGCAACGUCUCUGAAAACCACUCCAACAGCAAUAAAAUCUCUAACAACUUCAGCAACAACUCCAAUUACUACAGGAACUCCAAUAACUACAACUAGCACUCCAAAAAAUUCUUCAACCACUCCAAAAACAACAACCACUUCAACAACUUCUACAUCCCCUUCAACAACUGCAUCAAUUCAAACACCUAAAAUUACCCUAAGAACAAGUUCAACAACCACUCCAACAACUGCAGCCACUCCAACAACAAUUACAGCCAUUCCAUCACCUACAAAGAAAACUACUUCUACCACUCCAACAAAUACAAUCAUUGCAACAUCUUCAAGUCGAUCGUCUACUUCAAUGACUCCGAAAAUAACAACCAGUACAACAACCACAACAAGCACUCCGACAACUGCUGCAAGCACUCCAACAACCAUAACAGCAACAGGAAAUACCAUGACAACUACAACGGCUACUACAACUACUCCACCAGCUUCUUCAACCACUUCGAAAGCUACAAUCAUUCCAACUCAUGCUACAUCAGACACUCCAAUAACUAUAAAUACUCCAACAGCAACGUCUCUGAAAACCACUCCAACAGCAAUAAAAUCUCUAACAACUACAGCAACAACUCCAAUUACUACAGCUACUACAAAUCUGCCAAUAACAACAUCCACUCCAAAAACUACAGCUUCUCAAACAACAACAAUAAAGAGUCCAACAACUACAUCACCCAUUACAAGAACUACAACCAUUCUUAAAACUUCAUCUAAUCUCACAAUCACUACAACCACUCCAACUUCUACUACAACAACCACUCUCAUAAUUACAAAUGACCCAACAACAACUACAACAUUUCUCAAAAUCAUUCCAUCAACAACGAAAACUCUAACAUUUAACAUAACCAUUUCAUUUACAAAAACCACUUCAACAACUACAGCAAACACUCCAACCGCUUCUUCAACCACUUCAACAACCACUCUAACAACUUCUACACCCCCUCUACAGCUGGAACAAUUCAGACUCCUACAAUUACUCUUACAACUACAACCAAGCAUUCGAUACCUUCUUCAACCAUUCCAAAAGCUAUUAACAACUAUGACAUCUCCAACAACUAGUACAUCCACUCGAACAGCAACAAUCUCUCAAACAACUACAACUAUUCCAACAACCAUAACAAGCACUUCAACUAAUACAACUACUCCAUAAACUAUUACAACUCCAACAACCACUACAACAAAUCAAUGCACAACAACCAUUCCAACAACUCUUACAACCACUCCAACUACGACAACCAUUUCAACAACUUCUUCAUCCACUUCUAAAACUACAACCAAUCAAACUCCUAUUACAACAACCACUCCAACAAAUUCAAAUGCUCCAACAACUUCUACAGCAACUCUAAAAACCAGUCCUACAAGUACAAAAACUCUAACAACUAAAACAACUACUCCAACUACUCCUACAACCACUCCAAACAAAACAAACACUCCAACACAUACAACAAGCAACUCAACAGUGAUUACCACUCAACUACUACAAAUCUGCCAACAACAACAUCCACUCCAAAAACUGCAGCUGCUCAAACAGCUACAACAAAAGUCCAACAACUACUUCAUCCACUACAUGAACUACAACCAUUCUUAA